AGGAACCACAUAGAUCUUGCCCAUGAUGAUCAAUCUCUAACCUGUUCUUUUAUGGCACACUCAGCCAAUGUAAAUUGAAUCCAUCCAUUUUGCUGCUGAUCAUCCUCUUUUCUUCCAUCUUUCCCAGCAUCAGAGCCUUCUCUAGAGAGUAGGGUCUUCUCAUCAGGUGUCCAAACUAAGCUAAUUUGAGCCUGGUUAUUUGUGCCUGAGUGAGAAUUCUGGUUGAGCCUUGGAUCUUGUAGGAUCAAAUUCUAAGUACGGUAACCAUCUCUUUGGGGAAUCAGAUUACCAAACCUCUUGGUAAACCAUAAAGUUUUGCUUUAAACUACAUUGUUGGUGAGCCAUGAAAAAAUAUCAAUAUUAUAUAUUGAUAUUUAUAUUUUGUUUCAUGGCUCGCCAAUAAUAAUUUCAGGGGACCUGGCUGGGCCCAUCCGUUAUUCUCCAAAAACAAAAUAUGUUUGGAUCUGAAUCUUCAAAACUACAAUUCCCAGAAAUCCUUGCGUGGAAAGCCGCGAGCAAAUCUGGAAUUUUUUUUUUUUUUUUAAAUCAAAGGCGGGACCAACCCUGGCAGCUGAAACAGUAGAACUUGAACGGCAAAUCCGGUCUUUCCUCCCUCCGUCGCUUCAACAACCGUUGAAAGGUAAGGCCUUUCCUCAUAUCUUCCAACCAAUCUCAGGUGAGCUCAUCCCCGCAAGAGGCGGGAAACAGCGGGGUGUCAGCUGAAAAGAUUCUCCCCCCCCUCUUCGUCAUAGGCUGGAGGAGACUCAUCUCGACCAAUAAGUUACCGCCCAUUCAGACGUGCCCGUUCUCUGAAGAAUUUUCAAGUAAAGCUGUAGGAGAGGGAUGCCAUUUUGACCAUGACUGAGAACACUACAUUCAUGUCUGAUACAAGGAAAAGCCUCUUGGCAGAUUCUUCUGUUCUUGACUCAAAAAUUAUAGAAAAUUCCAAGGAAAAUGUAUUCACCCCCGAUGCGUCUGACUGUAAAGAGGAAAUACUCCCAGUUGAAACCAAGGUGAUUUUAGUUCAGGAAGCUGCAAGAUGUGAAAAACUCAUAAAAGCCUUAGAGGAUAUUAAAGUGCCUUACAUAAAGAUGGAAUCUAUGAAAACGUAUGAUGACUCUGACUCACCGGAGGCUGAGGCUGUCUUUGUACUAUCAGACUUUGAAGAUCCCAUUUUUAGUAACUUGUACAAGGCAGACUGCAGGAUCUUUGGGCCCCCAGUGGUGUUUCAGUGUGCUAAAAAAGGCGAGCCUCUACCCUUCACGUGUCGUCCAUUGUACUGCACAAAUAUGGCGAAUCUUGUGUUAUGCUUCACAGGAUUCAGGAAGAAAGAUGAACUGGUUAAACUGGUGACCUUGGUUCAUCACAUGGGAGGGAUUAUUCGGCGGGACUUCAGUUCCAAAGUUACACAUCUGGUGGCUAACUCUACACAGGGAGAUAAAUUCAGAGUAGCUGUGAGUCUUGGCACUCCAAUCAUGAAAGCCGAGUGGAUUUAUAGAUCUUGGGAGAGAAGAAAUGACAUUGACUUUUGUGCUGCUGAUGAAGAAUUUAGGAAAGAAUUUAAAGUUCCACCAUUUCAGGACUGCAUUUUAAGUUUUCUUGGAUUCUCUGAUGAAGAGAAAAAGAACAUGGAAGAAAUGACAGAAAUGCAAGGAGGACAGCAUUUGCCUGCUGGUGAUGAACGCUGCACUCAUCUUAUAGUUGAAGAAAACACAGUAAAAAAUAUUCCAUUUGAGUUGUCUCCGAGCCUUUUUAUUGUAAAGCAAGAGUGGUUCUGGGGAAGCAUACAGAUGGAUGCCAGAGCUGGAGAAUCAAUGUACUUAUUUGAAAAGCCAGACAGUCCCGAACUGAAGCCCUCGACCUCGCUACUGUCUCUAAAUACUCCCAACAGCAACCGGAAGAGACGGCGUUUGAGAGAAACCCUUGCCCAGCUAACCCGAGAAGCGGACAUGUCUCCCUUUCCACCUCGGAAACGGCCAUCGGCCGAACAUUCCCUUUCCAUGGGAUCUUUACUUGACAUUUCUAACACCCCGGAGUCGAGCAUGGCUAACGGAGGGAAGAGGCUAGAAUUGAGAAGCCCGGAGAAAGAUAGAGAGAAAGGCACCUAUGAUGUCCUUAGGCUUAGUCGGAUGAGGAAGAGAUCCUGCAGAAACUCCAGUUGUAUUUCUUUGCAUAAUGCUUCUUGUAAAUGUUAUAUAAACGCAUUAGAAAGUCUGCAACAAACAGCCGAGGCAACUAGCAGUAAUAAUCCUGAAAGCCUAGUUAAUGGAACACCUCAAAUGAAUCUCCAAAAAUAUUUUUUUUUGCCAAUGGAACAUAAAAUAAAUCGUGUCAGCUUCCAUUCCAUCCCGGUUUUGGAAGAUGUCUUAUGUCAACAACCUCCAGCUAUAAGCAUGCUGAGAACUUCACAAGGUGAUGAAACGCCUAAAUCUUGUGCCAAGCCAUCCAAAAACACAACUCCCUUUCCUUCAAAGCAAUCCGCCAGGUGGCAGGUUGCAAAGGAGCUGUAUCAGACAGAAAGCAACUAUGUAGAUAUCCUGACAACUAUAAUCCAGGUCUUUCAAGUCCCUUUGGAAAAGGAAGGACAGCUCGGAGGCCCUAUUCUUGCACCAGAAGAAAUCAAAACAAUAUUCGGCAGCAUUCCAGAUAUCCUUGAUGUACAUAUUAAGAUAAAGGAAGACCUCGAAGACCUUAUGAUAAACUGGACUGAAGACCAAAGCAUUGGGGAUGUUAUACUUAAAUAUUCUAAAGACUUGGUGAAAACAUAUCCUCCUUUUGUGAACUUCUUUGAAAUGAGCAAGGAAACCAUUACCAAGUGUGAAAAGCAGAAGCCCAGGUUUCAUGCUUUCUUAAAGAUAAACGAAGCUAAGCCAGAAUGUGGUCGCCAGAGUUUGGCAGAACUCCUUAUCCGGCCAGUACAGAGACUACCCAGUGUUGCCCUUCUUCUAAAUGACCUCAGGAAACACACCGCAGAGGACAAUCCUGACAAGGCCACCCUAGAGAGCGCCAUUGAGUCAUUAAAGGAAGUGAUGACACAUAUUAAUGAAGACAAAAGGAAGACUGAAGGUCAAAGACAGAUUUUUGAUGUUGUUUAUGAAGUAGAUGGUUGCCCAGCUAACCUUUUGUCGUCUCACCGCUGUCUAAUUCAGCGCCUGGAAACGGUUGCACUUGGGGACGACCUCUGUGACAGAGGGGAGCAGGUCACCCUGUUCCUUUUUAAUGACUGCCUGGAGAUUGCGAGGAAACGGCACAAAGUCAUCGGUGGCUUCAAGAGUCCGCACGGCCACACCAGGCCACCAGCCUGUCUCAAGCACAUCAUCCUCAUGCCUCUGUCUCAGAUCAAGAAGGUACUAGACAUCCGAGAGACAGAAGACUGCCACAAAGCCUUUGCAUUGGUUGUGCGGCCGCCGACGGAGCAAAGCAAUCUUUUGUUCACUUUUCAAAUAACAACGGAAGAACCUCUCAAGGAGGAUUGGCUGAAGAUGCUGUGUCGGCAUGUAGCAAACACAAUAUGCAAAGCGGAUGCUGAAAAUCUUAUUUAUGCCACUGAUCCUGAUUCUAUUGAAGUAAACACGAAAGAUGUGGAUAGUACAUUGAGUAGAGCAUCACGGGCCAUAAAGAAAACCUCGAAGAAGGUUACCCGAGCGUUCUCUUUUUCCAAGACCCCAAAGAGAGCGCUUCGAAGAGCUUUGAUAGCCCACAACAGCGUAGACGGAAAGAAUUUCUGCACCACUAGUGAAAGCUUUUUAGGGAGCCGCCUUGCCAGUACCUCAUCUUUAGCGAUGAUGCGUACUGCUUCUACAUACAGCUUAAAUGGACUAAUUAAACACACCCUUAACAUACAACGCUCCAACUCUAUUGACGGGACCUCCCAAAACAUUAGAUCUCGACCUCUAGUCCGUUCUUCCCAUGAUCUAGAAGGACGAAUGGCUUCCAGCUCUGAAAACUUAAAGAGCUGCUCUCUGACCAGUUGUUAUCCAAUCAUCAGCAGUGAUGAAGUUUAAGCUGCUUAAAAGCAUCCAUUCUCCUUCCUUGAUCAAUCUGCCAUCAGUAUUUGAAAAGAGAAGCCACACCUUCAGUCGAUCAACUACUCAUUUGAUAUGAAGUGGUUGGAAAAAGGAGCUGCAGCUUAACGUGAUGUGGACCAAAAGAAGUCCUAAGUGUUCAGGCAACCAUAUGCUGACAUAAAUGGUGGUACUUAGUUAGCACUUAGUGGCGAUUAGUUAGGUUUUAGAUGACACUAAGUGAAACCACUUGGAAUUCUCUGAUUUUGUCUGCCGAGCAAACAAAAGAUGGACCUUGUUACAGAUAACAUAUUAGUUUGCACAGAUUGCUUUACAUGGAGAUAUUUUGCUCAGUGUAAGCCAUUCAUUAAAAUGAACUGCAUUUUUAAUAGUCUUUAUACAUUGGAUGUUGUCAAGUAACUACUGCAUGGAUGAAUAUCUAAAGUAAAAUAUUUGUUUCACCUCUGAAAUAGAGAUAAUAGACUUUCUUUAAUAUAGAAGCCUUCAACGUUCUAUCAAAAAGAAAUAUUUUUUUAAAAAAAGCUUAUAUUUCAGCGUGACAAUAUGGUGAUGAAUUCCAGACAACCUUUAUAUCUGCCCAGCGAUUUAAAAUUUAG